AUGGAUCUCGCAUCGGUAGUCGAAGCACUGCAAGCAACACUAUCACCUCAAUUACGUAAACAAGCGGAAGACAAACUUACUCAAAUUUGCAAAACCACCGGGUUUGUGCCAUGUCUUAUUCAGAUCAUUCUCAACGAACAAUGCGACAUGGGAGCUAGACAAGCUGGUGCCAUUUAUUUGAAGAAUCAUGUCAAUACUUAUUGGUCGGAUUAUAAUGAACCAACGGCAGAUCCAGACAUAAUGACAUUAGCAAAUGCAGUUAAUGUUAAUGUAAGUCCAGCAGCUGGUGAUAAUACACCGAAAUUAUUUGUUAUAUCCGAGCCUGAUAAAGAUUAUCUUCGAAAUGUUCUUAUUGAUGCUAUUAUACGCACCAAAGAUCCAUUGAGAUGUCAAUUAAUUACAGCCGCUGGUACAAUGAUAAAAAGUGAUUUUCCAUCUAAAUGGCCACGAUUUAUCAACCAAAUUCACACAUGUCUUUCAACGGAUAACAUCGGUACAUGGGAAAGUGCUCUACUUGUUUUCUAUACACUCGUUCAACACUAUGAAUACAAGAAAGUGGAAGAUCGAAAUCCAAUCGACGAGGUCAUGAAUGUUCUUUUACCACUUCUUCAUCAACGAUUUAUGCAACUCUUCGCUCACAAUGAUUCCGAUCAAUCUGCACUUAUUCAAAAGCAAACCUUGAAGAUAUUCCAUGCCUAUACUCAACUGCACUUGAAUUUUCGCGUCUUACCUACGCAAACAAUGACUACAUGGCUUGACACAUGCUGUGCAAUGAUUGAACGACGAUUACCGGAACGAUUAGAUGCACUGGACGAAGAAGAUCGUGCCGAACAUCCUUGGUGGAAAUGUAAAAAAUGGGCGUUUCACAUUCUUAUUCGAACAUUCGAAAGACACGGAUCACCAGCGAAUUUACCCAAAGGACAAUCACCGGAUAAAAUCGAAUUUGCAAACUUUUACUUGAAGGGGUAUUCUGGAAAAGUCAUUGGUCUGGUUUUCGGUGUACUCGAAGCUUAUAGACAAAAGAUUUUUGUAUCGCCACGCGUGUUACAAUUGUCAUUGAAUUACUUACGUGAAAGUGUCCGCCAUGCAUUUUCUUGGAAAAUUAUGCAAGAUCAUGUUGUUGUGCUUAUUCAAGAUAUUAUCUAUCCAUUAUUAUGCAUUAGCGAUGAUGAUAUAGAACUGUUCAAUGACGAACCCGUCGAGUUCGUUCGUGCACGUCUCGAUAUCUUGGAUGAAUACAUUAGUCCGGUGUCAGCUGCGGAAUUAUUUCUUUCAGAUGCCGUCGCCAAGCGUAAAGAUGUUCUGAUGAAAACUGUUUCUUUUCUUGGCACAAUAAUUCACAACGAUACAAUAACUGUUAAACAAAAAGAUGGUGUUUUACACAUGCUAGGUGUUAUUGGUAAUGUUCUUAUUAAGAAGAAAGCAUUCGCUAAUCAAUUGGAAAAUAUGAUUGUUCAAUAUCUCUUCCCUGAACUACAAAGUCAAACCGCAUUUCUCCGUGCUCGUGCUUGUUAUGCAUUACGAAACUUUUCGAAACUGGAGUAUUCCAUUCCCGACAAUUCAGCACGUUGUUUAACAUAUUUAAUUCACUGUUUAUGUAAUGAUGUUUCCUUACCGGUUAAAGUUGAAGCAGCCAUGGCCUUGAAUUUGUUUAUGUCCGAUAGUGAUACGGGAGAAAAGGGUAAAGCGAUUAUCGUUCCUCAUCUUCAAAUAAUCGUCAUGCGCAUUAUUGAAAUCAUUCGUCAAACUGAAAUCGAUGAUAUUAUGAUUGUCUUACAGAAGAUCGUCGGAAUAUUUGAUCAAGAAUUGCAGCCAAUUGCUGUUCAAAUGACGUCGCAAUUGGUUGAGUUUUUUAAACAUGUCGUUUGUUCAGAAAAUGCACCAAGCGAGGAAAGUAAAGCCGAAGAACGAACAGUUGCAGCGAUGGGUGUCUUGAAUACAUUGGAUACAAUUGUUAGCUGCAUGGGAGAAAAACCAGAAAUUUUAUCACAAAUCGAACAAAUUAUAUACGAAGCUAUACUUCUUGUCCUACGUGAUGGCAUUCUCGAUUUCUACGAAGAAAUUUUAACGUUAGUAGAUACUUUAACAAUUAAUACAGUUAGCCCGUUGAUGUGGCAAGUGUUCUAUUUGAUUAAAGAAGCAUUCUUUCGAGAUGCAGCUGAUUAUUUUGCUGAAAUUAUGAAUUGCUUACAUAAUUAUGUUGUUAAUGAUACACCCGCGUUCUUAUCUCAACCAAAUCGAAUUGAAACCGUUUUUGAAAUGUGUAAACACGUUAUAGUCAAUGAUUUGGGUGAAGAUUCUGAAGCACAUGCAGCAAAAUUGAUUGAAGUCAUUAUUCUUCAAUGUCAAGACAAUAUGAGUGCUGCACUUCCAGCAAUCGUUCAGCUAAUCGCACAACGGUUUCAACGAGAAAUAGUUACUACUGAAUUACGUCUUAUGCUUCUUCAAGUCUUCAUAGUUAUCCUCUGGCUAAGCCCAGAUCGAUUUUUUCAAACAUUGAAUACAGUUGCAGCCAAUGAUCCCAGCACUCAAACUGUUAUAGGUAAUUUCUUCAAUCAAUGGAUGACCGAUUCGGAAUCGUUCGCUGGUGUUCAUGAUCGUCGCGUUUGUGCGCUGGGUCUCUGCACUCUACUUCGAAUUGAUGCGAAAUACUAUUCUGCAAUAUCGAAUAUCGUACCGAAAAUUUUACCAAAUUGUAUCCAUAUAUACCAAGGAUUGAUAAAAACUUAUCAACACAAUGAAGACGAUAGUGAUGAUGAUUCGGAUGACGACGAUGAUUCAGUACCGAGUGAAAUUGAUGACGGUGAUGAUGAGAAUAUUGAACAUGAAGAUGAUCUUUUAGCAAAGUUGAAAGGAAAGGUUCCUGAUCAUGAGAUGUCCGGUGAUGGACUGGAUAAUGGUAAUGGAGAUGAAGAUGACGACAGUGAUUUUGAUAUGGAUGAAACUGACCUUGAAUCGUACUCAACAGUACUCGAAGCUAAUGAAAAUAUUGACGAAUUUCAAAUCUUUUGCCAAUGUUUACAACAACUACAAUCGGAUACGACUGGAUACAAUCAGGCAUUAUUGCAAAACCUGUCAGCGGAACAGAGAACACAAAUUCAGAAUAUUAUUCAUUAUGCCGAAAAACGGAAACAGGAAAAAGAAUCCAAUAAAAUUCGUGAUGCUGGUGGUUAUAAUUUCUCUCAAUCAUCCGGGGCUGGUCAACCUCUUAAUCUUAACUUCGGUGAAUCCAUAGCAGACAACUAUCAUGAACAAUUUACUACACUACCUCUUCUCGUAAUAUGUGAAGUAGCUGUGCUAUUAUUAACCGAUAUUCCCCAACUUACUGGUAUCAUUGUCUUAUGUCGUGAUGGAAAGCUCGAUGAAGAAUGGUGGAAAACAUGGCCAAAACGGAAAGCUACUUUUACGGACACUUCAAUUAUGUGCAGUAACAUCGCGCAGUUGAUUUCUAGCAAAUCAGAUAUCACGCCGAUUAGUUUCAUACCUACAAGUGAACAUCAUCUUUCCAAUAAGGAUUUGUGUCAGGGUGUGGAUUUCUUUACAAAUGAUUUACAUUGUUACAUUAACCAGUUACAUAGAGAACAAUUUACUGAUCAUUCUUGUAAUAGUCAUACCCUACUUCAUCGUGGACAAGUUUUAUCAAAACGACAUCUUGGCAGAUUGAUGAAGACUAAAACUAGCAUCAUAUCAUUCAACAGUUUUUUGUCGAUUAACACGGAUGCUAUGAAAGCCUUAACAUUUCCACGCAGUGCCAUUAUUAAGGGUGAUUCCGUCAGAAUUCUAUUUCACCUUUAUAUCGAUCCACUCCAAACAACAGCUGCUUUUGUUUGUAUUGCUAAGUAUAGUUAUUUUCAAAAAGAAGACGAAGUACUUUCCUCCAUAAAUAGUGGCUUUCGAGUUGACAAUGUUGAAUUAAUUGAUAAAAACGAUUUAUACGUACUUACCAAUAAAAGUAGAGAAGAACUUUCAUGCAAUGAACAAGCACAUAUUUAUCAUCAACUUGUACUGAUCAAAGACGAGCGAGCGAGAGAUCGUAAAAAAAUAUCAACUACUACAGAACCUCCUAAAAAUGGCUCAGACCCCUGGUCGUCAAUCGAUCUUGAUCCCAUUACACCGAAUAAAGACGCUGUCGCCUACGGUUUGAAUGACUAUAAACGAACGCUUUCGCUUUAUGAACAAGAUCUGACAAGAAAACUGAAACUACUUUCUCUAAAUCACCUAGAUCUUAGUAUCUAUUAUAAUAAUACUGACGACGCCUAUCACCAAGUAGACAAUUAA